AAAUAGUUCAAAUGUUUAAAAAGGUAUGUCAGGAGCACCCAUGUCCCCACCACCCAGCAUAGGAACCAUAUGUGUACCGGAUAGUAAGGACCCACUCGAGCAGCACACCCAGUCCAUUCCCCUCCAGAAGUAACCGCACCCUGAAUCCUGUCUUUUCCUGACUUUGUACAUUUACUACCUUAGUAAAUGUCCCUAAAUGUUGUGUGGUGAUUUACAUGUUUUUAAAGUUUACAUAAACAGUAUGACUUGUUUUCCUCUCAAAAUAAUUUGAGGAAGAUUCAUCGUGGUUCCUGUAGCCUCUAAUUCAUGGACUUCCUCUUAAUACCCCGAGUCCGCCAGAUACGGGCAGCUGUUCUUUUGGCUGAACCUCCAUGAAACUGGCUGGUUUUCCAGACCCAUUUUAAGAAGCUCACGGGAGGAGGGGCAAGAAAGGGUUCGGAGAAUGGGAAGGAAGACGGAUGAGGCCUCUGGGCCGCACGUGAGUAAGAAGGUGUGUGAAGGUGGCUUUCAGGUUUUAGGACAAAUCACGCAGCCACAGGUUCCCUCCGUUAGCGCUUCCGCUUCACCUCGGAGCAGUGGGUGUCCGGCGCCGACCUGGGGCGUGGGCGGUGGAACGCCGUCCGGCGCGAGGGGGGCGUGGUGCCGUCUGUCUCCCAGUCCUAGUUGGAGUGCCCGCGGCAGUGCGCCCGCAGCCCUUUGUCUCUCUCGGGCUCCCGUCCACCCGCCCCUCUCCUGCACCACCCAUUGGCCGCGGCCCCGGCCCGGGGCGGGGAGAGAGUGAGGGGGCGGGGUAGCGUGGCGUCAGCGCAAGAUGGCGGCCUCAGCGGCGCCGUUCCUGCGAUUGCGGAGCGGGCUCCGGCAAGGCGCGCGGGGGCUGUGCGCGAGGCUCGCGACGCCGCCCCCUCGGGCCCCGGACCAGGCAGCGCUUGCGUCCCGGGCUAGAUGCUUGGGGGCUCAAGUGCGUCCUCUGGACCCCACCUCCUCGACCGCACGUGGGCGCCGGGGGAGGGGAGUCAUCUGUUCCCCCAUCUCAGUGACUGUUCAGUUGCAGGCUACAGAGAUUGGGAGCCGAGCAGGCGCUAAGGCCCAGACCCAGGGGCCACAGCAGCAGAGGAACUCGGAGGGUCCCAGCUAUGCCAAAAAAGUUGCACUCUGGCUUGCUGGGCUGCUCGGGGCUGGUGGGACCGUGAGCGUCAUCUAUAUUUUUGGAAACAACUCUGUGGAUGAAAAUGGUGCCAAGAUUCCCGAUGAAUUCGACAACGAUCCAAUUCUGGUACAGCAGUUGCGCCGGACAUACAAAUAUUUCAAAGAUUAUAGACAGAUGAUCAUCGAGCCCACCAGCCCCUGCCUUCUCCCAGACCCUCUGCGGGAGCCGUACUACCAACCACCAUACACACUGGUCUUGGAGCUCACUGGUGUCCUCUUGCACCCUGAGUGGUCGCUGGCCACUGGCUGGAGGUUUAAGAAGCGUCCAGGCAUCGAGACCUUAUUCCAGCAGCUCGCCCCUUUGUAUGAAAUCGUCAUCUUUACAUCAGAGACUGGCAUGACUGCCUUUCCACUCAUCGACAGCGUGGACCCCCACGGCUUCAUCUCCUACCGCCUGUUCCGGGACGCCACGAGAUACAUGGAUGGGCACCACGUUAAGGACAUUUCGUGUCUGAAUCGGGAUCCAGCCCGCGUAGUAGUCGUGGACUGCAAGAAGGAAGCCUUCCGCCUACAGCCCUACAACGGUGUCGCCCUGCGGCCCUGGAAUGGCAACUCCGAUGACCGGGUCUUAUUGGACCUAUCUGCCUUCCUGAAGACCAUUGCUCUGAAUGGUGUGGAGGAUGUCCGAACUGUGCUGGAGCACUACGCCCUGGAGGAAGACCCACUGGAGGCUUUCAAGCAGCGGCAAAGCCGGCUGGAGCAGGAGGAGCAGCAGCGCCUGGCUGAGCUCUCCAAAUCCAGCAAGCAGAACCUCUUCUUUGGCUCCCUUACCAGCCGCUUGUGGCCUCGCUCCAAACAGCCCUGACCUCUGGGCCUCCUCAAACUCAGUGCCUGGGUUCUGGGCCCCAGGCCCAGUGCUCCCAGACCACGGCUUGGCCAACCACAUGUCCAAUAAAGUUCAUCCCAGACGCCA